AUGUCGGGGAAGAGAUCACCGCAAAUGCAGGUGCAGCAGCCCCUCAUGGAGCUCCCGGGCACGCCGCCCCUGCAAGAGGUCCCCAGGGAAGAGUCCCUGCCUGAGGACUCAGGCCUGCAGGUGACGCCCAGCACGCACAUUCUCUACGUGGGCCACCUGAACCCCCAGUUCUCAGUGCCUGUGCUCACCUGCCUGCUGCGAGACGCCCUGGAACGGCUGGGGCUGCCGGUGGCACGGGAGCACAUCGAGGUGGUGAGGCGACCGCGGAAGGCCUACGCACUGGUGCAGGUGACCACCCACAGGGACAGCCUGGCCUCCCUCCCCUGGCGCCUGCAGACGGCCGUGGAGGAGCACCAGAUCCUCAAGGAGCUGGUGGCCCGCGGGAAGGAGCUGGUGUUGGGUGACGGCCGAGGGCCCUCGCGCGGCAGAGAGGUAAAGGGGGAGCGGGAGGACAACAGCAGCCGGAGCCCGAGCCCCAGCCCUGCCAACGGCCCCCCGGCACGGGCCCCGCAGAGGUCCCAGGACCGGCCCAGCGGCGCACGCUCCGACAGCGCCAUCGUGCACCAGGAGGUCCCGGGCCAGGAGCGCCUCUUCCAGGGCGCCUUCCUGGGCAGCGAGACGCGCAGCGUGGAGUUCAAGCGCGGCGGCGGCGAGUACCUGAGCCUGGCCUUCAAGCACCACCUGCGGCGCUACGCGUGCGCCUUCCUCAACGGCGAGGGCGGCAGCCUGUUCGUGGGCGUCGAGGACAGCGGCCUGGUGCGGGGCGUCCCCUGCAGCCACCGCGACGAGGACCGCGUGCGCCUGCUGGUGGACUCCAUCCUGCAGGGUUUCCAGCCCCAGGUCUUCCCCGACGCCUACACACUCUCUUUCAUCCCCGUGGUCAGCACCAUCGCCUCCCCCACCCCCCUCAAGGUGAUCCGCCUGAGGGUGCACGCCCCCAGGGCCCAGGCCGAGCCGCAGCUCUAUGAGACUGACCAGGGGGAGGUGUUCUUGCGGCGGGACGGGAGCAUCCAGGGCCCGCUGUCUGUCCACGCCAUCCAGGAGUGGUGCAAGCAGAAGUGGGUGGCGGAGUUGCGCACGCUGCAGGAGAGGGUGAAGGUGCUGACGGCGGAGAAGGAGCAGCUCCGGCAGCAGCUGAAGCAGCAAGGACCCGGCUCCCGCACCUGCUGCGUCCUGUGA